CAUUUAUUUUCGUUAUUUCAACUUACUCAGGUAAAAACUACGGAAAGGUUAAUACCAAAAUAUGUGUGGCUCUUUAUUGGGCUGCAUUAAAAGGUGACUGGGCAACUGCCGAAGUUUUGUUAGGACAAGAUCGAUCACUGUUGUGUGGCAGGAUCACAAAGAAUGGCGAAACUAUUCUUCAUAUUGCAGCAGGAGCAAAACAGAUUGGAUUUGCAGAGAAGUUGCCAGAAUUGAUAGAACCUCAAGACCUUACUCUUAAAGACAGAAAUGGAAAUUCGGCCUCUUGUUUUGCAGUGGCAGCUGGAGCUAUCCAAAUUGCUGAAAAUAUGUUGGAAAAGAAUGAAAAACUGUUGGCAACUCGGGGGACAAGAUGUGACUCCAAUCUAUCUAGCUGCGAUAUUUGGUUACAGGGACAUGACAUUAUAUUUAUAUAGGAAGGCCAAAUUCAACGGCGUUAUUUUAUCCAGGGACGACAAGGGUUCUCUAUUUUUUGGUUGUCUGAGUACAGGACUAUACGAUCUCGCAAUGGAGUUGCUAAAGGAUAUUCCAAAGUUAGCUAUGGCUCGUGACAAAAAUCAAGAUACGGCCUUGCAUAUUUUGGCUCGACAGCCUUCAUCAUUUGCCGGCAGAAAAGGAGGACUAUCGAAGCCGCUUAUCACCUCAAUCCCAGGAACGAAGUUCAAUCACAACACGGAUUCGAUAUCAACUCAAGCUCUUGAAUUAGUACGACGUCUUUGGGACAAAUUAUUAGAACAAGGUGACUUGGAGCACACAGACCUAAAAUUUGUGCUCAACGCAGCUAGAUUCGGAAACUCUGAAUUCUUGAACGAGCUCAUUCGCCGUUACCCAAAUUUGAUUCAUGAAAUUGAUGAGAAUAAUCAUAGCAUUUUCACAUUGCAGUUAUGCAUCGUCAUGCUAAUAUAUUCAAUCUAAUAUUUGAGAUAGGUUUCACUAAGGAUGUAAUGGCGACUUUGGAAGAUAAUGAUGGCAAAAAUAUAUUGCAUUUAGCUGCAAAACUUCCGCAUCCGAAUCGAGUCAAUAUUGUAUCAGGUGCAGCUCUGCAAAUG